UGCUUAGGGAGUGGUGGUGACAGUUUUCACACUUGAGUAAACUGUUACUGGAAUGAAGAUUGUGAGUUUCUUUAUGUUCUAUUGUCUUUUAUGUUAUUUCAGUACAGCUUAUGCUCAUAUGUGGAGAAACUAUAUGCAGAUGUAUAACUGAAUGUCAACAGAGCCUGUAUAUUGACAACUUUUUAUUUGUUAGCAUAUAUGUCUGCCCUGGCACUGGGAAGGGGUUAAUGAAGAAUGCUCCAGGUGAUGUUGCAUUAGUAUUUUCUGUUGCACCUUUACAUGGUUGGGCUGACAAGACAUUAAAAGCUAACUUAUUACCACUUGGGCACUGGUGUUUGUUGUGGCUCCAUGGGAAGUGAGUUGUGCACUUUAGUAUCCUGUCAGAGAUUCAUUCUAGCCUCUCCCUCUCAUGGCUGCCCUGCUUGAAUUUCCCAUUGUGUCAAAAUAUGAUGCAUUACACAGUUGUUUGAUCUGAUGAGACAUGUCACACACACAGCCUAGGAUCAGGACACAGUCACCUGCCUUCUCUUGUCCAGGCAGGAAAUAUGUGUAGUGAUUCCAACAUGCCUGGAUCAUCACCAGCCUUCCUUCACCACCCUGCACACCCUACCUGUGCAGGUGCAUUAGUGGAACACAAUUACAAAGGUGACUCUUAUGUACAUUAUUUUGUGGCUGAAAUGCCACUGAUACAUUUGCUUGCUUGGCCACUAAGUCACCAUAGUUGCAACUGUGUGCAGCCACACAGACACUAGCUUUCCUCACCCAAGACUGUACAUCACUUCCUCAUCUUUGCACCUUGCAACAUUAACAUUUAAUGUAACAUUUCUUGAUUUUUCAAGUGCUUACACUGCUAAGAGAGAGAGGACUGAAGCAUACCUUUCCACACUGGUGAUGUUUGUAGAGGACGUGUCAUAGAAUAAGGACAAUAUUAAGAAGGGAUCUAGUCUGUACACAGAAAUCAGGGAAAAAACAACAACUUGAAAACUUAACAACACUCACUGUAUCCAAGUACAAAUCAUCAUCACCUGUAUAAUACAUAAAUCCAAUGUCAUAAUACAAUAAUACAUGCAAAUUAUUAUAAUAUAGCCAAAUAUCUAACUGUAAAACCUACACAUCAAAGGCAUGGGAGUGACAAAGGGACAAGGACUACUUAACAAUGUGAGGGCAGCACAGACACAGGCACUGUGGUUCCUGGGAUUGAAAUAGAGUUGUGGGAUGAAGACUUCCUCUAUCCAAAGAGGAAAGAACUGAGUGGAUUCUCCAGGUGUUCAGUCUGCAAGUUCAAAUCCAGCACUCAAUAAAUCUGGAAGGGUAGGAAGGCAGACUGUAUGGACUCUCCCUCUGUGCUUGAGUGAACUGUGGUUUGAAGCAACAAAACUUCAUUACCUGUAGUUAGAAUGCUGAUGGAGUAGCAAAACAAUAAACAUUUGAGAGAAGAGAGGCGUGGAUGAGCAUAACAACUUACCUGUAGUUAGAAUGCUGAUGGAGUAGCAAAACAAUAAGCAUUUGAGAGAAGAGAGGCGUGGAUGAGCAUAACAACUGGUUAGUGAGAUGUUAGGGUGGAAACGGAGGUGAUUUUCAUGCAGAUUCCUGGAUCACAAAGAAUAUCAGACAGCAACAGAUUCUUGCACCCUUACUUAGUUGUUGAUUUCUCUCCCAUUCUACAUUAAGAACAUAAGAAAAUAAGGAAAGCUGCAGGAAGCCAUGAAGCCCACACAUGGCAGUCCCUGUACCUCUAUAUGAAGAAUAUAAGAAAAUAAGGGAAGCCGCAGGAAGCCAUGAAGCCUGCACUUAGCAGUCCCUAGUUGGUGAGUGAAUGAUGCGUGAUCUGUACAAUGCCCUGCCACUGCCCGAUGACAGACCAAUUACAUCUGUGUGUGUGGUGGAGGAGCUGUCGGGAUGUCCACCAAACUACACUGCUGUGUCCAAAACCCAUGACCAAGACAUAGAUGCAGAUCUGUACAAGGAUGGCUUCUUCCGGCGGGUGACUCGAUACCUCUGUCACAGCAAGGUGGAUGGCUACAUGGGCUAUGUGGUGGAGCACAUGGCCAUUGUUAAUGAUCGUGACUCUCGCCCCACAGGAUACACCAUUGUGGAACAGACCUUUGACACCAGUCAGAAGGCAUUCAAGAAGAAACAGCUGUGCUACAAGCAGGUGCCCCAAAACAUGGCCUCACAAACCAUUACUGACAUCAUCAUCCUCAGCCGCUCCAAGAUGGCUCCUGAAGGCUUCUCUCUGGUGGGAGAGAUGAAUGGCCUGUGUAUCUGUGUCAAGUGUGGCCCGGCACCAGCCCCUGGCCUCAACAAGUCUGGGGGACAGCCGGCCUCUACAGCCCUUCCUUACGGGAUGGAUCCCAGGCGAGGAGUAAGUGCUGGAGGGGAAGGUGUUGGUGGGGGAGGGGGGAGAAUGUAUCCUGGUCUGAUGCCAACUAGGCCUGCGCCGGAUCUGCCUCCUGUCACUGGCAGUCCUGGACCCGGCCGGCCACAGGGUCCUGCUCCCCCACUACCUCCCCGUGUCAUGAGGUACCCAGCCCCUCACACCCCUUCCCCCACACACCAUGCCAUGGCUCACACAGACACCAGCACCCUUUAUGGGCCGGGACAGUCAGCUCUUUUUGGGGUACCAUUUGUGCUCAACAAGAAGUAUGUUAAGUCUGGUGAUAGUGCCACUGCCAACAUCCCAACCUUCAGCAAGAAAAGCAGACAACAGAUAGAAGAUGAGUUCUAUUACAACUUCACUCUGGAGCAAGACAUUGUGCAGCGACCUUCCACCACCUGAGGGAGCUCCCUGCCUCCUCCUGUGCCAGCCUGCACGUGCUCUCCACCACACACUCCUCCUUGUGCUCCUAUUGUCUGAUUGGUGACUUGCUCACUUUCUCCUUCCUAUACCUCAGAUUUGUCAGUCAGCUCUUACAUGAAAUAUUGCUUGUUACUCAAAAAAAAUUUUAGUAGUUUUUUCAGGUUGGUAACUAAAUUCAGGGGUUCAGAGCCAGUUAUUGUUUUUUGUCUUUUAUAUCUUGACUUUCAAUUUUUGUGUCAUUUUAAUAGAACAUCUCUUCAUAAUCAGUAAUAUUAGAUUCUGUUCCCAUCUAUAUCACAGUCAGGGGCAGAGUGAUGUUGCUGGUGUUUUCUGCUAGGAAGUCGUAAAUCUUAGAUGAAUUUACAUGAUGCCAAAAUAUAGGUCACAAUGACUGGUACAUUUAUGAUACAUGGUUGAGAUCACACAUCUUGUAUAGGAUUAAGGUCUUCUAUUUUUACCAGCAAGAAAUAACUGCUGUAUGCAUUAGAUUGCAGUUGAUUAUGAGACACAUCAUCUUGAAGAGGGAUAACUGGCAGGGUUUAUUAUGAAGUGUGAUAUGAGGCCAGCUAGAGUGUCAGCCUUCUGAUAGACUGCUGCAUGUUCAGGAGGUCGGCAGUGCCAUGUUCAAGCCACUUCUCAUGUAAGACAAAUUCUUCCUUUGACUAAGCUGAACAUUUUCUUCACAUGCACUCAAAUUGCCUGCUGCUUUUGUGUUAUGAUUUGCUGAGUCAUGCACUAAUUCAGCAUAUACUCAGUUUGGCAAGAUUUUUUUUUUUAUUAACUUAUUUGGCAAGAUUUUUUUUUUUAUUAACUUAAUGUGGAUUAUAUCUAUUUUAUUGGCUUAGCUCUGGGUCAAGCUGCAUAUACCACGUUUCUUUUAGUUUCCCUUUAUUUCAUCAACUUAGGCCUGUUAUAUAUACUGUUUUUUUAAACUUGACAGGAAUUAGCUAUCUUUUGGUGUCCAUCAAACACCAGACAGGGUAUAAUAUUUUAAUGUGGUCUGAUGUGUUGUGCCAAACACAACUUUUUGUUUUCUUUUUUUUUAGUAUUACAAAUGCAUUUGGAACCCCUUUAUUGUCAUUAGUAUUACAAAUGCAUUUGGAUCCCCUUCAUUGCCAUUAGUAUUACAAAUGCAUUUGGAUCCCCUUCGUUGCCAAUGUCGUGUUUCUCUGCAUAGUCAAGAUCUAAAUUUUUCAGGGAAGAAAGACUGCUGUUCUCUUAAAUAGAUUCCCUUUUCUCUUUCUAGUAUAGAGGAUAAUGUUGGGAUGCCUUUGCCAUUAUAUUUUGCUGCUGCAUAUAUUCUGUGGGGAAGUUGCACUCAUUCACCAUGAAAAAAAAAAAAAAAAUCACAACUAAGAAGUCACAUUUCUGGAUGGAACCAACCAAUGUUUUCUUCCUGAGGUAGAAGUUACGAAAACUGUUGUUUGUAUGCACAUAAAUGAACAACAUUAUAUUCAAAAUUUCAGAAGACCAUCAUUUUAGAGAUUUUAGGAUGUCACAAGUCACUUAUAGUUUUAUGAAAGCUAUAUAGUUUUAUGAAAGCUAUUUAAUUUUAUGAAAGCUAUAUAGUUUUAUGAAAGCUAUUUAAUUUGACUUAUGUAAGGAAAGACCAUUUCAAAGCCAAAAAGAAAAGAAGUAGCAUACUUGCUUGACUCUUUAGAGGAUAUUGGCCAUGGCUGGUGUCAUUAAUAACAUAUUGCUGUAGAGGCUGAUCUGUUUACACAUGGCAUUAAUAUUCAGCUUGCUGCCAUACACUACAUGGAGAAUAGUGUAGUCACUUAAAUCAGUAUCUGCCUUGUAGACCCCAUGAGGCAUUGGUUUUUGCAAAUAUCUUCUAAACAAACAGUUAGAUUAAUAUGAUUUUUAGUACAGCUUGUUGGACACUGUUUCCUAAUGCGUGUUUCAGUAAGGGAGGUUUCCUUAGCUUUGAAGACAAGACUGCAAGAGCUGAGAUGUUUGGACAUCUUCCUUUCCUUCCAUCCUUCUUACCCCUUAUCCUCUUUAAACAUCUCACUUAAACCAUCCCUUUCAGUGUGUCUACUCUCAGCUCUUGCCAGCUUUACCUUCAAAACUUAGAAAUAAUCUUCAUGAUGAAACAGACUUUGCAAUACACUAUAGUCCCAUGGAUUAGGGAACAGUCUCUGACAAGCUGUGCCAAAAUGUCACAUUGAUGCAACUGUUUGUUUAGAAGAUAUUUGAAGAAAUAUGAUGCCUUGUGAGGUCUAAGAUGUAUAGUAGCUACAUAACAGAAUAAAAUCCAUCAUGAAGGCUGAGCAAGGCACCCACAUGCACAGGCACAACCACAAGCAUUCCCUGAGGAUGAAUUGAAAUAGUAUUCUAGGCUCUUGUUUUUGUAAUAUAUUUGAUUUUGUUACAAAGAUGCCAAUGACAACCAGGGACCAAGCUUGAUUUGAUCACAAGUGUUUCACAUAUUCUGUAAAAUGUCCAUCUUGAAAGAUGAGUGCUUGUGAAUGCCUGGGGUUUACUCUUUAUUGAAAGGCAUACAUUUCUUAUUUUGUAAAUUUAGACUCAAGUUCACAGUGGAAGGAGCAGGAAAGAUUUUUGGUUUGUUAGGAAAAGUCAGCCAGAAAUACUUAUUGUGGCCCCCUUGCAGGCUAAAACAAAGAUGUCAUUUGAGUAAUAUGUUGUCCAGAAUAAAUUUUUUGUAACUGGUUUAUAAUCACUGGGAAAAGAGAGAGGGGAGCAGUGACAGUGCUUGUUGAUAAGAUAUGAUGAGUUACUGUGGUUUGUAUACAUGCUGUAUAUAGCUGUGGUGGGUGGGUGAGUGAGGGAGAGAAUACUUGUGGAGCUGUGAGCUGUGGUGGUUGAGUGGGUGGGGUGAGAUAGGAAGAUAAGUUAUAAAAUUGAAGUAUUGGUAGAUACAUACCCACAGAAUAUGUGAUGUAAAAAGCCUCUUUUCAGAAGAAUUUCAAUAAGUCUAUAAGCCAGUUGCACCAUCAGCAUGUGCUUCCAAUGGCUGACCAUCUGUAAUAGUCUUUCUCACUUGGUGAGGCUUUAAAGGUCUGAAAAGUGAGAGUAAUAUUUAGAUAUACUGAUAAUUUAUUUGAAAAAUUUUCUGCUGAGCAAUGAGCCAACAUCAAAGUACUAAAGCAAAAGAGUACACAAUUUGUGGAGAUGGAGAUGCGAGCUAUAUAAAAUAAGUAAUUAAUAAAAAGUAAUUAUAUACAGAAGAACCCUUGCAACUGGUGUCAAACUGCAAUUAUUACUUUUUUGCAUCAGGUGAAUUAAGUGGAGACUUUGAGCUGUUAGACUAGAAACCAAGCAUAAAGCAUUUGUGACAGAGAAAUUGUGCUUACAGUAACAGAUGAUAACCCAAUGGGUUUAGAGAUGCAGUGAGUCAUUACAUGCAAUAUUUUAUUGCCCACACUGUGCAUAUUCUGUCCCAACAUGUUCUGCUAACGGGAAGAAAGAUUUAUUGGUCCAUUCUGGACAUGUUUUGGAAACUAAUUCACUUUCAAGCACUGAUACAACUUUCUUUUGUAUGUUAAAGCUCAACUGUUUGCUUUAUGCAUAUGAAGCAAAAUACAAUUUGAUUUUAGAAUUUUGCUGUUAAAGAUAGCAAGAAGCUGGAGUAUUUGUCCACAAGUUACAUAUCACCAUGCUGAAUAACAAGGUCCUGGCAGAUGCAAAAGCCUAACUAUUAAAAUAGAACACUAGCUUUUGAAAGUAUGAUGGAUAGUGUAUACAUGCUCUUGGUCUACUUGAUGGACUGCAUCAUAAAAGUAAAGGGUGUCUAGAGGAAAGCAGUGAACUCAACAUGUGUCUGGCUAAACAAAAUAGUAGGCAUGUUCAGGGAUGCAGCCAGAGCUGUGCAUCAGAAUGAUGUAGCCCAAGCAAUGAACAGGCAUGUUAAACUUACAUUCAGAAUUUUCCUCAUCCCUAUUUUUAUCGUGUGAAAUUAUUAUUUACCUAGCUUACCUAGAUGUAUUGUAUAGGGCAUGAGCCAAAGCUCAUUUUGUCCUGUCUCCAUAAGAGUUUCUCUUUAAACAUGUGUACACUGUUUGCCACAACCACCUUUUCCUUCAGAUCAUUCCAGAUUUCAGUAGUUUGAUAUGGAGAGCUGGAUUUCUAGAUAUUGCUUGAACAUCCAUUAUUUAUUUUCUUCCCAUGCCUCCUCAUGUCUCUCUCCCUCUUCCAUCUGUGGUACCAGGUAAUUUCUGUCUAUAUUAUUUCCUUUGUAAGCACAGAUUGAAAACAUUCAUUCAUUAGUUCACUUAUCCUCAUUUGUUUCAUAAAUUCUUCCUUCUCUUUUUAACUUGUUUAUGUCAUCCCAAUGUUACAUUUUUCUGUUUACAUAUCUGAAGAAGAGCUUUUCCUUGCAUUUUCUUAUGUCACUUUCAAAUUUCUUUCUUCCUCUAUAUUCAUUUCUAUAUUAAUUUCUUGCCUUUCUGUAUUUUUCUCAAGUAUUUCCAAAUUUCUUUCUUCCUCUCAUUAUACUAUAUUCAUUUCUUGCCUUUCUGUAUUCUUCUGCAAUAUUUCCAUUCAGUUGUCGAAUAAUUUUCUUCCAUGCCCUGUCCUUUUUCUUUUUUGCUUCUAUACACCUGGUAUUAUACCAUUUAUGCUUCCUGAUUGUCACUUUAUAAUUUGGCACAAACUGUUGCACCCCCUGUCUAUACUUGCUCAAAAAUCUCAUUUUCUCAUAUUUUCUUGAACUACUUUACCUUUAAAUAGCUCUUUCCAGUUAAUUUUUUCAUAAAAUUCAUUAAGCUUUGCAAAAUUUGUCAUUGCAUAAUUUUCUCCCCCAUUUCAGUAUUGUUCUUUCCUGUACAACACUUUUUCCUCCUGUACUACUAUUUCUACUGUCACAUAAUUGCUUCUUCCCAUUAGACUCAGACAAUGUAUACUCAGUCUACUUUCUGGGGUUUUUGGAAGCACCAAGUCCAAUUGUGAUGGUUCUUGUCCUCUGCAUCUUGUAGGUUUGUUCAUCCACCAUCUCAUUGUAUUCACCAUCAUGAUUUGCAUAAGUUCUUUACUCCAUGACCCAACAUUUUCUUUCACUUUCAUCUCCUCCCAGUUAAUUCCUUUAGUGUUGAAGUCACCUACUAAGAGCACUUUGUUACUUUCCUCUAUCAUUUCUUCUAUACUAUUUCUUGUUUCUAGUUGCAUGAUUAUGUAUCUAUUGGUCUCCCACACAUUAGAUUUUGGUGGUAUGUCCAUCACAAUAACUCCUUUUUCACUUCCUAUGAUCUUGAUCACAACACAAAGUUUCUGCGAUUCCAUCAUCACAUUCCACUUCCUCAGCAACACUAUCCUCUUUUAUCAAUAUCAUCACUCCUCUCCUUUUCUGUCUCUCCUCCAUGUGCCAUAUCCUUUCUUUGCAAAUCUCAACUUUAUUUCCUCUUAGUUUGGUUUCUGUUAAACAUACCAUGUCUGGUUUGUUUUGUAAGUAGUAAGUUCCAACAGGCUUGACACCAAACCAUCCAUAUUUGUAUACAUAAUUUUUAAACUUUUGCUUGGUGAUCUUCCAUGGCAUCUUUGUGCCACCAUUUCCUCACUCAUGUCCAUAACUUUCCAUAUUAAUCUCCUUGCUUGUUCCUGUGUUCCCCCCUAAUUUUUUUUUACUGUGCCUUUAUUCUCAACUCUUUCAGUUUAUUUCUGUCUUCUUCAUUCAUGUCUCUUUUUAUCCAUAUUUCCUUCAUUCCUUCUACUUUUGUCAAUUUCCUUGUUCUUUGUAAGACAUGUUCUCUGCUGUUUGUGACAUGAAUCUUAAUUUCAUUGGUCUUGUUGCAUUAUCAUCAUACUUUGUGAUCCUGUAAACCUCUUCAGUUAGUUUGACUAUCCCCUCUCCUUCCCUAGCCACUACUGCUAUAAUUUCCUUAGCCCUUUUCACUUCUUUCUCAUUAGCUAUUUUCAUGGGUAGGUUCUUCUCCUUGAUCCCAGAUACCACCACACACAUCUUUCUCUGUACCAUGUCUCACAAGAUUACUUUUUUAUUUUAUUAUUUUAACAACUUUCUUUUCCAUAUCCUUAUUGUGUUCCUGUUAGUUAUCUUAUUAUCUCCUCCAUAUUCACCUUUUAUUGUUGUUCACUUUAUUCUUUCCAACUUUUGACUUCUAUUACAAACUCUCACUUCUCCAACCCUAACCUCUCUCUUGUAAACCUUUCUUUAACUCUUUAUUAUCUUCCUUAAGUUCCUUGAUUUUUUCACAGUUUUUGUUUGUCCACUUUUUUUUGUCACCUCUCAGUUGUUUAUUUUCUUUUCAUCUCCCUCUUCAUCUCUGUUAUAUCACUGGAUAUCUUUUUACAUUGUCACCACCCAUCUCUCUUCCUUUCAUGCCUUUAUUAUUGCUUCUUGUAUUUUCACAUUUUCUUCAAUUUUUCGCAUUUGCUUAUUUGUAUGAGCUACACUGAGAUCAUCUUCCUUGAAAACUUUGAAAAACAUUUGGGUUCUUGCUGGAUGCCAUCUUCCCUGUUGAUGUCACUGCCAGUCUUUACCUAUACACCACUCUCCCAUUUCACCCUUUCAGCCACUCCCUGAUUUACACUUCCCUUUCCCUUGUGCCUGCACCUCGCACAGUUCCCUAAUAUGGAGACAGGACUCAAGCUUGACCCCCCCCCUGCACAACGAAAAAUCUAGGUAAAUCCCUGGAGCUGCUGUUGAUGUGUAUGAUCAGCUGUGUGGCACAGCGGCGUGUGUGUUUGAAUGGUAUGUGCGUGUAAAUGCUAAUGAUACAAGAAAAAAAAAAACUGCAGAUGGUUGAAAUGUUCAUCAAAAAGCACAAUGUGAUAAAAUGUAUGAAUGUAAAUUGAAGUCAUGAGAUAUUUAUGGAGUGGCAUUAUUAAAACCGUUGGGGUUGUCAAAAUUUGUGUAAAGAAGAGCACUGGGAAAUUUGAAGAUGGAGAGGAUUUAUAGUGACCCAAAAAAAUAAGUCUAGGAAGUAUAACAGUGUUACAACCAAUAAUAGGAACACCUUUCCUGGAUACACUGAUUUGAAUAAUUUCUUCCUAAUAAAGCAAGUGCCUUGAGAUACGUGUAGGAUGCCUGGCCCUUGUUGUCUCUUCACCAUGCAAGGCUUUGCAUCUGAAACAUUAAUUUGUACAAAUUAUUUUAGUAAAUUUACUUUUGUCGUAUAGUUUAUGUUGGUUUAUUCUUUUCAUGUGACAAAAGCAAAUCAUAUACACUCACAUAAUAGUAAAACAUACACUUGCAGGAACACACUUACAGGAACAAGGCAGCUGCCAUGUGUUUGUGGACAGCAACAUCAACUUUAGUGAAGUAGUUCGCCAAUAUAUAUAUAUAUAUAUAUAUAUAUAUAUAUAUAUAUAUAUAUAUAUAUAUAUAUAUAUAUAUAUAUAUAUAUAUAUAUAUAUAUAUAUAUAUAUAUAUAAGGUCCACCGUCAGUUGUUGUCAACUUAGUUGCAUACAAACUAACUCUGAUGAGUAUAUCUGUGGAGUUAUGCUCAUAAUAUUGGUUCCUCAGUCUCAUCUGAAAUUCAAAAUUUAGAUAAUUCUUGUACUAAUGUCCUGUGAAAUCAUUCAUAUAAGUUAACACCUGGUUCUCAUCCAGCUCUUUGUAGACAUGCCUUCCACUUCUAAAGAUUUCUACUGUUAAGACUUCUAGUAUUCAUGAUUUUUGACUGAUUCAGAAAGGACUUGUCAGGCUGUAAGUGCAAACUGUUGAGAUUGAUAAUCAUGUUAAGUCUCAGAUUUAAAAAGAAUAAAAAAAAAAAAUGAAAAUACCUUUUGUAUACAAGGGUCUGUAUUAAGACAUUAAGGCACAAAAGCUAUAGUGAACAGGGCAUUGUAAGGGUAGACAUAACUUUUUUGUCAGUGUUGCUCAUUAAUGCCUAGGGUGGGAGGGGGUUAUACAGACACCAGACAGCCUCGCUCAGCGUUUGUAAUAAGAAUACCUGUGUAUAGUUUUUAUUGCUUUCUACUUGUGUGUAAAAUCUUAGAAAAAUAACCCAAAUUUUAGAGCGCUAUCAAAAGUUAUUAAAGAUUGGUGUUUCACCUGCACUGGUAGGCCCUCCUGAUGCACCUCCAUCUCUUAUGGUUGAUACCUCUUCAUAUUGCCUGGUCUGGGUGUCCUGUCAGGUGCCCCGAGAGAUGGUUUCCUCUUGCAAGGGAAGUCCAGCUGGGUGGUGGCAGCCCUGGAGUUGACCUGUGUAAUGACUGAUCCCAUGUUGUGGUCUAGUGUUAAGUAUUUGAUUCUCUAAAUAAGCAUAAGUGUGUGAGAGUGAAUGAAAUGGAGUAAUUGUUAACUUGCAGCUUGCACUAAGCAAGGGAAUGCAGGUGUGUGAAAAAGGGAAGACAUAUUUAAUGUUAUACAGUUGUUAGCUACAAGAAAAUUUUAAUAAUCUUUUUGUAUGUUUCUCUGACAUACAAGUACAAUGUUCCCUUUACGGUGGCAGACCCCAUGUCUUUGUCAUUGGGCUGCUGCUUUGAAGGGGAACUGUGAGGGAAAUGGCACAGUGGGAAAGGGAAAAUUUUACAUCCUGCAGCAAUGUAAGUCAUUUGAUUUUAUUAUUCACAAUGGUUACAUUAUAUCUUCACUUCAAUGGUAUAUUUGCAUUUCAUUGCUGCUUUGUUAUUAUAUACUGUAUUAUGAUUUAUAAAUUAUAAAUUUUAAAUCUUUAAAUUCCUUUAACUGCUUCAGAGAUAAGGUAAAAGUUCAUGAUUAGCUGGUCAUUAGCAUAAAAAUUUCACUCCACACUGCUGAAGUGCCAAUAUUUAGCUGGUCAUAUUAAGGCCUUUGUGUUUAGGCUUCAGAUUAUUAUUAUUAUCAUUAUUAUUAUUAUUAUUAUUAUUAUUAUUAUUAUUAUUAUUAUUAUUAUUAUUACAUUUAUCAUCAUUAUUCAUUUCACAAUUAAUUACUGAUUUUUUUUCAAUCACUACCAGUCCUCAUAUGCCAUUACUCUGUACUCCAUUAAAGGCCAAGCCUGUGCUGGCACAGGCAAUGCAAAGUGGUAUCUGUACCAUCUUGCUGCAUACUGCCAAAGCUAAGUCUGCAGCUGAUCAGGUAAACAUAGGUGACUUGGCAGUCAGGUGUAGUCUUUAUAAAAUCUGGAUUCCAUUAAUGAGGCCAUAUAUAACUUUAGUGUGCAUGCAGUUCCCUAUGACUUGUUCCUUCAAGAGGGAGGUUUAAGACACUUAUUCAUCAAUUUUUGACUACUGCUUUGACCCUUUUAUGGGACUGGCAUUUCAGUGGGCAUUUUUUUUUUUUUUUUUUUUGGAUUUUUGUUGCCCUUGGCCAGUGUCCCUCCUACAUAAAAAAAAAAAAGCAGUCAUAAGCUUCAUAUCUAGACUUGGAAGCAAGUCACUUUGUUUUGAUUCUUCUGUCUUGAUUUUCACUCACUUGGGUAACUGUGUUGUCGUCUUAAUGGAGCACAGUGAAUGGCUAUGAGGAGCCUACAUUUUCUUCUGUUUAUUGUAUGAUUUGUGAAUGUGGUAAUGAUACAUUUUAUAGUGUAUAAGAACUUGGUACUCAACACUGUGUUCUUAGAACUUGGUACUCAACACUGUGAAGAACACAAUCAAGAUUUACAAUUUUCUAUACUCUGGUUGGUUUUAAUGUGCAGCAUUCAGAAUUGUGGGAUUGAAAAUGAGUCAUUGAUAUUGGUAUAAAUUGCAAAAAAUUUUAUUGACAAUUAAUGAUCAUUGUUUACUAGUUUUCUCAACUGGUUUUAUUCCUCUUUGUAAACUGAUUAUUUCUUUGGCACAUAGACCUACUUGUAUCUCAGAUUUCAGUAGAGCAAGUUGUUAGUCACAUGGCCAUGACAUUGUGGUGCAGUGGGAGUUGGUUAAAUGCUACUUUGGUUAUAGAAUCCAGACAGUGAUGUAAAGUGGCGUAGGAUAAAAUGUUUGUAUUACCUUUGCCCACUUGUAAAGUGUUUGGUUGAAUUCAGCAAACUGUACAAGCUUAAAUUAUUGAUGGAAUUAUGGGAGAACUUACAAUAAGAUGACUACAGUCCUAUCACCUCACAUUGUAGACAAAAUCCUUAUUUUGUUACUAAUGAUGUACUGAAUCAUGAAAGAUCCUCCCUGCUUCUGGAAACAAAAAAAAUAGUGGAAAAGUUUAAAUACACAAACCACAUUUUAAAUUUUUGCUUCGUGUAUUAAUUUUCACAAGUACACACUUAAAUUUUUUCCCACUGUCUUCAUUCAGUAUUUAUCUGCUAGUUGUAAAAUAAAAGACAAUAGACAAAUAACCAUCAGUGUAGCCUUGCAUGAUAUUGUAUUAGAUUUCACAAUGGAGCUUUUUCACACGUUCUCUUAUGCCAAUAUGGAAUUGGCAUGCAAUGCCAUAUAGUUAUGUAUAGUCCUUUUAUAUAUGAUAUAUAUAUAUAUAUAUAUAUAUAUAUAUAUAUAUAUAUAUAUAUAUAUAUAUAUAUAUAUAUAUAUAUAUAUAUAUAUAUAUAUAUAUAUGCUCUUCUCCAGAGUAAGUUAAGGUGGCACACAUGAAAAACAGAAUGCAUGAAUACUUAAAUUUCUAUAAAUUUCCAGAAUUUGCUGACACAACUUUGCACUUCUGCUAAAGUGGAAUUCUAAGCAAUUUAAAUUUUAUCCAAAUCCUUUAGAAAAUACUAACAUGCUUAUACUUUCCCUCAGUCACAUUCACAUCUUUGUAAUUUUUCUUUGAAUAAUUUCAUAUAUUUUGCACACUUUUUGUAGCACUUACAUAAUUUUGUACAUGUUUUUGGUAUGCAUGCCCACAUGCACACAAAAUUGGAUAGAUGAAAUGCUCUCUUGGUAUUUUAAAUGUUUUUAAAAAUCAAAACAACCAUAAACCAUAAAAUAUGACAUCUUGACAUGUCCACACAUCUUUUGUGUAUGCUUCAUUAUUAUCAACUAUACCUAAAUGGGAAGCACAUGGCUGCAGAUGAAAUUAAAUGAUGUGUUUAAUGUAACAGCAAAUCAUACAAUGAGAUACUGUUAAUGCUGAUCAAGAGAGAGAGAGAGAGAGAGAGAGAGAGAGAGAGAGAGAGAGAGAGAGAGAGAAUGGUACUUGAGUCAUGUAUGUGAUGCAAUGAUAUAGUUAUGUUGAUAAUAUGGAUCUUUAUAAUUAGGCCAUGUGUUGCUGCAAGAUAAAGUUUUACUGAGUGACCUGUUAUUGCUUUGUAUGCCUUCGACUGUAUUUAAUUACUUAUGUUCCCAUUAUAAACAACAAAUAGCAUUAAUGCUUGUAAUCUUGUAGUCAUUGUAAUAUUUUCUCCUUCGUGUAGUCACAGCCAAUGUUUGAGAGACAUCCACAUUUAUCGCUUCAUUUUGCAUUUUCUGCAAUUUCAAGUCCUCUGAUCUGGUCACAGUUUCCUUACAAAACUUCACAACUAGUGGAUUCUUAGUAGAUCAGAAGGCUUGAGAUUGUGUGGAAAUGUUGAACAGUGAGAAUGAGUGUGGCAGGUUGCCUGACAUGUGGCUGUGACUACCAGUGCCACUUCCCCACUGUGCUGACCCUGUUGAAAAUUCUUAUUAAUGGUUCUGCAUUCUAAUGCCACCCAUCAUGUUGCAGAUCAUCCCACUACUUCCUUCCUCCUUGAACACUAAGUAAGGUUAAGGAAAGUGGUUAACUGGCAAUCAGUAAUACAUAAUAUUAUACUGUACUAACUUUUUUUUUUUCUUAGUGUGUGGAUGCAUUCUGUGUUUUGAAGCUGCUUCCAAUAAAUAGUUAGGUUUUGUAAGCAUCUUUCAUAACUGGGUGCAUUGACAGUUUUAAUACUAAACUUAAAAGUACUGACAGAGUGACAAACUGAAUGACUGCCAUGUGUAAAUGAGUGUGUGAAACUGAGUGUGGAUUCUGUGUAAAGCAAACUUGUCCCUCCUAGCAAGAUGUGAGGUAAGGAUGUACAGCCAUACAUAGAAUAUACCAUACAAGGGGUCAUAGGAAUCAUGAGAUAACAAAUGCACUUGUAUAUUAAUUAAUUUCAUGUUGAGUGAAUGUUAGUUAAGUGCCCAUUAUUGAUGUGCCUGUUAACCAAAAUGUUUUAUAUUCCCAACUUUUUAGAAUGACCUUAGUUUAUGAAAUUGUGCAAUGUUGAGGCACUGAGGACCUACAGAGAAUAUAUAGUUUUCUCCUACUCAGGAUGACCUUUCCCUGUCAAUACUCUAGUGUUCCAUUGUGUUGCAUCACUAGAAGGAAUGCCCCUGUAGGUUACUGAUGGUCAUAGAAGUAACUGUUGUGGGGUUGUUAUUUAUACAAACUGAGAUGGAUUUAAUUCUUUUGCACUGUUAUUAAAUGUUUCCUGUUCAUCCCCUUCACUCCAAAGUAGUCCUGUCCUGCCCUGUCCUCUCAUUCUCUCCCUUAUCCCUACACAUUGUUCAUGUCCCUCCACCUCAUCCUCACACCCGUCUCUUCCUUUCCUUACUUUGUUUCAUUCAUCCCUGUCACCAUCCUAGCCCAUGUUGUAUUUCUUUACCCCUUACCCUUCCUAGUCCUCCAAUAAUGUUAUAGUUCCAUUUUAUUUCAUCAUGUACUGUGUGAAAACCACAAAAAAAAAAUAUAUGAGUAAUCUUUUAAGAAAGAAACAUUUAUUAUUAUUAUAUUGUAAGGCAUGUAUAUAAACCUGUAAAUAAUAAAAUACUUGAAAAUAU